AUGUCCGCCACCAGCACCAACAACAACAACACCCAUGAUAAUGAUAAUGAGUCAUAUUCACAUUCGAAUCCGCGUGUCGAUGACUUGGAAUAUACUUUCACCACCCAUGGCCCGAAUGAUGAUUACAUUUGGCCUCACACUGGUUCGCCAUUCAGUAUGCCGUUAAAUAUUCAGACUGGCGGAAGACUCGCUCGUGCAUCCCCAUCUCCAGGGUACUCUGAGCACUGGCAAUCACCGGAGUACAACAGUUACAAUAGUCAAAAUGAACAGUCAUCGAACUCCCCCACUUUUCUAUUAAACAACUACUCGCCUGAUAGCGCUUUGGGUCCCUACGGCGUCCACUCUAGGAGCCCCCAUAUUUCUCCUACCGGGUCAGAUCCAACGUUAUCUCCUUUGUAUUCGUCCUCUCCCCACCUAUCCCCCUCAACCCCCAACAGCAGUUUCAUGCCAUCUCCGACACUAACAGACAUUAACCAUUUAGUAAUGAUUGAUCAGAGUACCAUUGGCAGUUCCGACCCCAAACUUUGUUACACACAUCGUGAACAGCUUUUGAAGUUUAGGGAAGCUUUAUCUCUUCCGAUGCCUGGAGCUGGGCCAUUUGUUCCUCAGCCCAUGUACAAACCUCACACAACCAGCGACCGCAAGCGCUACGUCGAAGAGGUCAUGCUAGAAGCCCCUAUGUUCUUCAUCUCUGAACAUCCAGAGCAAUACGGCAUCUCCCUCAAAGAUGCGCUUCACUCUCGUACGAAAAAGCUGCGCGACCGUGAUAUGGUUGUAUUUGAAGGUCGCGGACCUAGUGUCUCUAUUCGACUCGAGUGGCCUGGAUAUAGGCAGUGGAGCAGACAAAUUCCCACCAAGGAUUUCCGAAGCCCGCCUCAGCCAAUCACUCUCGCAAAAUUGGCAAAGAACGUUGCAAAGUGUGUCCAACGUUUCAUGCAAGAUCGCAAACACCUCCCCAUGGAAGAAGAAUCGGACCAUCGAUGGAAAAUUGGUGAUGGUCCUGACGAUAUCAAAUUAGAGGAUCUCAUUCUUGUCAGCAUCCACCAUGUUUCAUUGGGUAGCUGGCAGCCCCAUCUGAGGCUUGUACGCCCUCUUCGCCAGCAACGUUAUGGCAAUGGCCAUGGCCAUGGGCAAAGUCACAGUCUGUCUGUACCACAGAUGCCCCCUACACCGAUGACCGCAUCAAAUUCAUCCCCGUCCACUAUAUCAUUCUCGCAACUAUCAUGA